GGUCAAAAGUUCAAAUACCAACCACUUUGAAGAUCAUUGGAUUGUAAUUUCCGAAUGGUCUAUAUAAAGGGAGAUUAAAACCUUGAAUAGCCCAUCCCAAUAUUCACAAUAUGAGCCAGGCACAGGAGUCCUUGUUGUCCAAGCCACAUGCAGUAUGCAUUGCAUUUCCAGCACAAGGCCAUAUAAACCCUAUGCUCAAAUUGGCCAAACUCCUCCAUGUCCGAGGCUUUCAUAUAACCUUCGUUAACACAGAGUUCAAUCACCGGAGAUUACUCAAAUCCCGGGGUCCCAAUGCCCUUGAUGGCCUAUCUUCCUUUCGUUUCGAGUCCAUCCCUGAUGGACUCCCUCCUCCCUCUAACGAGGAUGCCACACAAGACAUAUCGUCUUUGUGUGAGGCAUGUAAGAAGUCAUGUUUGGUUCCUUUCAGAGACCUCAUCACGAGACUAAACGCUAGUUCUAAUUUCCCUUCUAUUACUUGCAUAGUUUCUGAUGCUGGUAUGAGCUUCACUCAUCAAGUUUCUAAGGAGUUAAGUAUUCCCAAUGUUGGAUUUUGGACAUCUAGUGCUGGUGCUUUGUUGGCUUACCUCCAAUAUCCUAAACUUGUGCUACAAGGUUAUAGUCCACUAAAAGAUGAAUGUCAUUUAGACACGAUUAUAGAUUGGAUACCUAGCAUGGAAGGCAUCCUUCUAAAAAACUUGCCAACCUUCAUUAGAGCCAAAGUCAAUGAACCAAACAAUAUUAUACUCGAAUUUAUAGUAGAAGAAAUCGUGGACAAAAUUCACAAUUUCUCUGCACUCAUUUUGAACAGUUUCGACACGUUAGAGAGUGAUGUUAUGAAACAAAUUGCAACCAAGCUCUCUGCAGUUAGUUAUACUAUUGGACCCUUUCACUCGUUGUUGAAUAAUAAUCUAACUCAAGACAAUGAUUUGAAUUCAAUUGGUUCUAAUCUGUGGAUAGAUGAUACUCACUGUCUCGAAUGGCUGGACGCAAAGCAGCUAAAUUCUGUUGUUUAUGUGAAUUUCGGAAGUAUUACAGUGCUGAGCAAUGACCAGUUAGUUGAAUUUGCUUGGGGACUUGCAAAUACUAAAAUGAAUUUCUUGUGGAUCGUUAGAUCUGAUUUAGUCAUGGGUGAUUCAGCCAUUUUUCCACAUGAAUUUCUCGUGGAGACUAAGGAAAGAGGUUUAUUAGUUGGUUGGUGUCCUCAAGAACAAGUUUUAAAUCAUCCGUCAAUCGGAGGAUUUUUAACUCAUUGUGGAUGGAAUUCGACUUUCGAGAGUAUAUCAUAUGGUGUGCCAAUGCUGUGUUGGCCUUUCUUUGCAGAUCAACAAACAAAUAGUUGGUUUAAUUGUAAUCGUUGGGGUGUCGGGAUGGAAAUUGAUAGCAAUGUGAAGAGGGAAGUGAUCGAGGAACUUGUGAGAGAGUUGAUGGUUGGAGAAAAGGGUAAAGAGAUGAAAGAAAAUGCAUUGAAGUGGAAGAAGUUAGCAGAAGAGGCAAUCACUUCUCCAAAUGGAUCAUCUUAUAUGAAUUUCGACAAGUUGGUUAGGGAAGUGCUAUCGCCAAAAGGUUCUUCACUUCUUCCAGUAGAUUGACAUGUUGAAAUAAUGUUGUACCUUUUUCUUCUAUGGUUUUUUGUGUUCUAAAUAAACUUGAUCUGGAGUCUCUAGAUUAAAGAAAAAACAACUUGCAGCAGAUAGUACUUGGUAAAACAUUUGUUGUAUCGUUUGUACUUUCAAAUUUCUUAUUUCAGCUUCCAUAA